AUGGACCCAUUAACAAUAGGGGAAUCGCCAGCAGCAAGACAAUCGAUUCUAGGCAGUUUUCUGCGUGGAAGACCUCGCGGCACGUCGCAGUCGCACCCAUCUCCUCCACCUCUCCACGAGUCAGGCGCAAACAGAGAAUCCCCACCCCUCGUGCUCCCACCAUCCGAGUCCACAUCAGGCCACCGACGACGAGCAGCGGCCCCCAACCUGCAAACAUCAAUAUCCCAAUCAAAUUCAGGGCCAGGCCUCUCUCAAAUGCUUCGCCGCAGACGAUCCGCAGGUACGCUUGCCAACACCACCACCCCCCAGGUCCCCGUCGUCGCUGUGGCGCGGACGGCCGUGGCAGCCCCGACAUCGACGGCUGGAACGGGAGCUUUGCAGUCACAUCGUAUCAGGCUUGUCCCUCAUCUGGCCUCGCGCAGCUCGCUGAGGUUUGACCCGAUCUGCCGAGACGUCCGCGAGGGUGAUCCUGCUCUGCGAAUAGGGCGCUUCACUGAUCGCUCUGGACUGGGACUGGCGGCGGCGAAUGCACUUGGCUCCAACAAGCUCGCAUUCAAGAGCAAAGUUGUCUCUCGAGCCCAUGCGGAAAUCUGGGUCGAGUCGGGCGGACGUUUCUUCAUCAAAGACACCAAAUCGAGCAGUGGGACGUUCCUCAAUCACGUCCGCCUCUCGCCGGCUAAUACAGAGUCGCGGCCAAGUGAACUCCGGGAUGGAGACUUACUCCAGCUCGGUGUGGACUAUCAGGGCGGUAACGAGGAUAUCUACAAGUGUGUCAAGAUCAAGAUUGAGAUGGGUCGCGAGUGGCAAGCUCAGACAAAUCCGUUCAAUGCAAAUGCUUUGAAGCAGCUGAAGGCGAUUGCUGGUGCAGUUACAGACAGGAAGACGGCACCCAAGUCCGCGCUGCCCGACUGCUGUAUCUGUCUAUUCGGAGUGACGAUCAAUCAAGCACUCUUCAUUGCGCCCUGCUCACACGCAUUCCACUUCAAAUGCAUUCGGCCACUGCUCGAAACACACCACCCAGCGUUCUCGUGCCCGCUCUGUCGCACAUUCGCCAAUCUGGAAGAGGAUGUCGAAGUAGAGAUCGAGGGCGAGGUGGAUACAGAUUCGGCGGCCGACGUCUCUGCCGCAAUUGCAUCGGCAGUCGCCGUCCUGCCUCCAUCGGAUCGGCCAAACGCAGGUGACUCGAGUAGCCGGGAGCGGGAGCGCGAACGGGACAGAGACAGGGACCAAGGGGCAGAGACAGAAGUGGAGCCGGACACCGGGAUGUCUCGUCUGGGAUCUUCUCUCCGCGGGCGCAGAAUGCCUGGUGUCACUACAAGUACGUACCUAUCCCCACUCGACGCCCCCGAAGUUGUGGAAGACAUCGAUGAGGAGAUGGAAGACGUGUUCCAUCUACCUCCACUUCCUGAAGGCUCGCCCGUGGUGGAUUGGAACGAGAGGGUGCCAAUUCGAGAGUCGUCAGUGUCACCUGUGCCCGUCCCUGUCCCGGCGCCUGGAUCUGCGUAUGCUGACGGGUCUGGAGAAUUUUCUGAUGGCGAGGAAGAAGGCAGCGGAGAAGGUGGGAGCGAUGGCAGUACCGGGAAUGUGGGCGAAGCUGCCCACGGGAAGCGCAAACGCCGUGCAGUUGCAUAG